CCAGUCCAGUCCAGUCCAGUCCAGUCCUGUCCAGUCCAGUCCAGUCCAGUCGAAUGCAGUCCAGUCCAGUCCAGUCCAGUCCAGUCCAGUUCAUUGCCUUCCAGUACACGAGAGUGGAUUCCAGUGCAGUUUAGUACAGUUAAUUCCAGUCCAGUCCAGUCCAUUCCAGCGCAGUCCAGUCCCGUCCAGUCCAGUCCAGUCCAGUCCAGUUCAAUCCCGUACAGUCCAGUCCAGUCCAGUCCAGCCUGGUCCCGGCCAUCCAGUCCAGUCCAGGGCAGUCUAGCCAAGUCCAAUCCAGUUCAGUCUAGUCUAAUCCAGACAAGUUCAGCCCAGUCCAGUCCAGUCCAGUCCAGUCCAGUCCGGUCCAGUCCAGUCCAGUCCAUUCCAUUCCAGUCCAGUCUAGUCCAAUCCAGUCCAGUCCAGUGCAGACCACACCAGUCCAGUUCAUUCCAGUCGAGUUCAGUCCAGUCCAGUCCAGUAAAGUCAACUCCAUUGCAGUCCAGUCCACUCCAGUCCAAUCCGGUCCAUUCCAGUGCAACCUUGUCCAUUGCAGCCCAGUCCAGUCCAGUCCAGUCCAUUCCAGUCCAGUCCAGUCAAGUCAAGUCCAGUCCAGUCCAGUCCAGUCCAGUCCAGUUCAGUGCAGUCCAGUCGAGCCCAGUCCAGUCUAGUCCAGUACGACCCGGCCAGUCCAGUCCAUUCCGGUCCAGUCGAGAACAGUACAGUCCAAUCAAGUCCAGCCGAGUGCAGUCCAGUUCAGUCCAGCCCAGUACAGUCCUGUCCAGUCCAGUCCAGUCCAGUUCAGCUCAGUCCAGUCCAGUCCGGUCCAGUCCAUUCCAUUCCACCCCGUUGCACUCCAGCUCACGCCAGUUCCGUACAGUCCAGUCCAGUCCAGGUCAGCGCAGUGCAGUUUAG